UGAUAUAGCCUUCAGAAAAAAGUCAUAUUGCUUUGGAAGUAGACAUAGCCUGUCGCAAACAAAGUAAGAUGGCCCCAGACUUGAUCAAGGUUGAAAUCAUUGAGAGGCAAACAGUCAAACCAUCAUCCCCAACUCCUCAUCCCUUGAAAACCAUACAGCUCUCUGUUUUUGAUCAGAUGAUUCCUUGUCACGUUUACCCCCCAACGCUUCUUUUCUAUGCCGCGAACAAUAAUGUUAAUGGUUCAGGAGACAUGGCGGCCAUGAGGAUGAAGAAGAGAGAUUAUUGUCAGCAUCUAAUGCAGUCAUUAGCCAAAACUCUCACUCACUUCUACCCCUUAGCAGGAAGAUGGAGUAAAGGCCAUGACAUGAUCCAAUGCACUGACGAUGGAGCUGAGUUCGUGACGGCCCGAGUCAAAUGUUCAUUAUCGCAGAUUUUUGAACACCCAGAUCCCGAGAUGCUAACAGGGCUCGUCCCAGCAAUUGGUCAACCUGACGGUGAUGGUGAUGGUGUUUCCACGAGGCUCCCGCUGCUUGCUGUGCAAGCCAACUUGUUCGACUGUGGAGGAAUAGCAAUAGGAUUGAAAAUGUCACAUAGGAUUGUUGAUGGAACCACAGCUAGCACCUUCAUCAGUUGUUGGGCCAAAACAGCACUUGAUGGUGGUGACAGUCAUCAGGUACCUUUCAUGGUCCCAAAAUUUGAUGCGGCGUCUUAUUUUCCACCACUAGAUUUCUUAAACUCAUCACAGCCAUCACCAUCACCACCCGAGAUGGUGGACAUCAAGUACAUAACAAAAAGGUUUGUUUUUGAUGCCCCAAAGAUUGCCACCCUCCAAUCAAAUUUGGCCAGCGCAUUGGCACCUCAUGCACCGACUCGUGUCCUUGUACUUUCAGCACUCAUUUGGAAAUGUGCUAUGGAAGCAUUAUCCAAAUCAUCAAACAUACCAUUGGGAUCAAGACCAUCUUCGUUCAAACUAGCUAUGGACUUGCGUAGAAGGUUUGAGCCACCCAUGUCACAAACCUUGGGUGGGAACGCUGUUGCUAAUAUAUUCGUCAUCGCUACACCGUCGUUAUUAAAAGGUCAAGAAGAGAGUGAUGAUGGGACGAUAGAUCUAAAAGACUUGGUUGUCAAACUCAGGAAAGGGCUUGAACAACAGAACGCAACUUAUCCUACAAAACUACCAUUUGAUUCUAAUGAGGCAUGGAAAAGGGAUCAAGAAUAUGAAAAGUUGAGAGGGAAUGUUGACAUGUACCAUUUAUGCUCUGGAAGUUGGUGUAGGUUUUCUUUUUAUGAAGCUGAUUUCGGAUGGGGAAAGCCGACGUGGGUGAGCAUUCCUAGUACUGGAAUUAAGGAUUUGGUUAUUUUUAUUGAUAAAAGAGAUGGCAAGGGAAUAGAAGCGUUGGUGAGUGUGAGUGAAGAAAUCAUGGAGCAUCUUGAAAGCAACCCGGAGCUGCUUAAAUAUGCUUCCGUAAAUCCAAGCGUCAUGUAG